AUGUCUUCUAAGGGAGACCCCUCCAGAGAACACCCCCAGAAAGAGACCCUCGAAGCACCGGUGCUGCGGCCUCCCGUAGAGCCCUUGGACGACCUGGCCCUGCAGGAGCUCUCCCUUGAGGAAGCCUACCCUGAGGCGGCUCCCACCAUGCACACUCUCUGUGUGGACCACCUGAACCCUCAGUUCUCUGUGCCUGUGCUCACCUGCCUGCUGCGAGACACCCUAGAGCGGCUCGAAGUACCUGUGGCACGGGAGCACAUCCAGGUGGUGAGGCAGCCAGGGAAGGCCUAUGCGGUAGUUCAGGUGUCCACCCCCAGGGCCACCCUGGCUUCACUCCCCUCACGCCUGCAGAGGGCCUCAGAGGAGCACCUGAUCCUUAAGGAGCUGGCAGCCCGAGGGAAGGAGCUAGUGUUGAGUGAGGGCUGUAAGCCCUCCCAGCACAGAGAGGAAGACGGUGGCCUGAGCCCGGGCAGCCUGAGCCCAGGCCCCAGCCCCCACGCCAGCCCGGAAUGCAGUGGGAGGUCUUUGGUUCCAGUUGAACAGACUCAGCCCAAACAGUGCUGGAACCCACAGAGGCCGCGGGAAUGGCACCACCGGCCGAGCGGUGUGCGCUCAGACAGUGCCAUCGCGCACCAGGAGAUUCUGGGCCAAGAGCGACUCUUCCAGGGCGCCUUCCUGGGCAGCGAGACGCGCAACGUGGAGUUCAAGCGCGGCGGUGGGGAGUACUUGAAUCUGGCGUUCAAGCACCACCUACGGCGCUACGUGUGCGCCUUCCUCAACAGCGAGGGCGGCAGCCUAUUCGUGGGCAUCGAGGACAGCGGCCUGGUGCAGGGCAUCCGCUGCAGUCACCACGACGAGGACCGUGUGCGCCUGCUGGUGGACGCCAUCUUGCAGGGGUUCAAGCCCCAGGUCUUCCCAGACGCCUACACCCUCACUUUCAUCCCUGUGAUCAGUACCUCUGCCACCAGCGUCCCCCGUAAGGUGAUCCGUCUGUGUGUGCACCCGCCGAAGGCCCAGAGUGAGCCGCAGCUCUAUGAAACCGACAUGGGGGAGGUGUUUCUGCGGCGUGAUGGGAGCAUCCAGGGCCCGCUGACCAGUAGAGCCAUCCAGGAGUGGUGCAGGCAGAAGUGGAUGGCAGAACAGCACAAGCUGGAGGAGCAGGUGAAGGCAUUGACGCUGGAAAGGGAACAGCUCCAGCAGCAGCUGAAGCAGCACUGGCUGGUGUCUUGCACCUGCUGUGUCCUCUGA